AUGAGCUCAGCUCUUUUUGUCCUUUUCCCCUUCCUCCUCGUUCUCCCUAAUGUUCUCUGCGCACCUGCAGAUCUCACUUUUGACGACUGUUUCGAUCCUAAUGCCAAUGUUUCUGAAAAACUCACCGUCUCUAACGUUUACGCGCAGGUUCUUUAUAAUUCCAGCCUGCACAACUACCUCGAUCUCGUCGUCAUUGGCGAGACUCCCGUAGAAAUAAUAGGUCGCUCUGACUCGAGUUUGAACCUUGCCACCCUCUUUACAUCGACUUCCAUUCUGACAUUGAGCGCAUGGUCAAAUAGCUCAUACUUGUGCAGGAGCAUUCACCCUCCGGAUUCGGAACUCUCCUCUGUGAACGACACCAAUGAUGACUACUACUGCCCAAUACCCGCAGGUCCAUUCGCCCUGUCAGCUCAGAUACCAUGGGGAUCUGAUCGCGCUCUCACUACUCUCACUACUCGCUUGAGGGCCGUGGACACUUUCAGCAACGAAAUGUUGUGCAUUGACGUUGAGACUACCCCCUUGGCUCCCACCAAGAACGAGCCCUAUGGCGCGGCCGUAGCCAUAUUUUGGGGGACUGUUUCUUUGGCUAUUGCCUAUUGGGUCGUCGUUGGGAUAGCAAGGAUUGUUUCCGCUUGGAAUCGCGGUAUCAGCAGGCCAGGAAAGGGAUUAUGGGAGCGAGCUCAAAGCGCCGGGUUUAUAUUGGCUAGUGCGAUGAGUGGAGAGCGCUUCGCGACAUCGCCCGCCCUGUUGAGAUUCAGCACUCCCUCCAUGCGGGAUAUCAUUUUCCACACGCAAUGGUGCUCCGUCUUAGCCAUGGUCGCCGUGCAAUGGCCAGCUUUUGUAUAUCCUCUCUUGACUCAGACGGCUUGGGCUACCUUAUCAUACAACAUAACCCUCACUUCCGGUUCUGAUCACCAUUGGGACCCACUGUCGACAGCAUCAUAUAAUCCUCCUUCGGACUUCCAGAGCCAGAUGUCGAAUUCCUCGAAUGACCUAUACAUCAACUCUUCGAUCCCGAACAUACUCUUUAUGCUGCCAACAAAUGCCACUACUGGCAUGGAAGCAUUCGCCUACUCAGUGGGUGUACGUCCACAAGAUCUUUUUGGGAUCUGUCUCAUUCUCUUCCUGGGCAUUGCUGCGGCGGCUGUUGCGCUUUCAGCUCUCCUAUGGUUUGUUGACUAUCUCGCUGGAUUCUUAGGCGGAGCCAUGGGAUCGUCGCACUCCGGGAUGAAACACCUUGGCGGCACCCGGAGUCCGGCGUUUGGUAGUAAAGAUAUGCUGGAUAGUAGUGCCGUUGCCAAUGCCACCGCAGAAGAGAAUCGGUCACUGAAUGGCAAGGAUGCAUUGGGGAUAAUAAGACCGCCAUCUCGAUACACUCUUGGGUCUACCGGAGCCACUGGAAUGUCCUCUCGUAAGCCUUGGUGGAGGAUUCGGACGAGUUUGAGUUCUUUUCACGGCAGCGUUCUCCAUGGCAAUCUCGUCCGGAUACUCAUCCUGUUCCAUCUUCCCGUUACGGUAUUCUCUGUCUAUCAGAUGACGUUGCCUCGAUCAAGGGCCUCCAUGGCUUCCAUUGUUCUAGCGGGAUGUUCAUUUGCCAUCCUUUCCGUUUUGAUACCUACAAUACUAGUGAUCCGGGUACGGAUGACAACGACGAGCAAACUUUAUGAUGAAACCAGGACUUUACUGUCCCUUGGUCCGUUGUAUAACCACUACCGGCAUGGAUCCCAAAUGUUUGCCGGUCUAUUUUUCGCGACGAACGUUGCGUUUGGCUUAACUAUCGGCGCGGGUCAACACAGUGGCACUGCUCAGGCCAUUGUUAUCCUCGUCGUGGAAGUUGUAUCGGCGCUAGUGACGAGCAUAUGGUUACCCUGGGGGAAUGGUGCCAGUAUGGGGUUGAUCAGCUUCUUGUUCUGCGUUGGAAGGAUUGUAGUUGCUGUCUUGUUACUGAUUUUGACUCCUGCUCUUUCGAUUGGUGCCGGUGCCGGUGGUUGGGUAGCCUAUGGCGUCUUGGUCAUAUUGGCCCUGGUGUAUCUGGCACUAUUUCUCAUGCUUGUCGUCAAGUUCGUGGAAGCUCUAGUUCGAAUUGUUGGUAUGGUGGGCUUUGAGCGGAGCAGUCACAUUGUGGAUAGCGGUCUUCUUGGGGCAUGCGGCUUAGCAGGGUGCUGUGGAUCAAGGAAGCGACGAAGACCUCGCCGCUCGAACGACAAGAAGCCUCAGAGUGGGAAGGUACUGCCGAGAUACGAUAAUGCUGACUCCAAGCAUAUUCACAAACGCGACUCGGAUGUAUCGUCAUAUAUGCCCCCUGGCUCUCUGGGGACCGCAGUUGGUGCAAAGGGUUCUGUCAGUUCAGGUCCUCCACCCUCGGUAUUGAAACCAGAACACGCGCUUAGACCCUAUCGAGAAGAGAGCGAUGACGAAAAUGGCUACAUCAUGGGGGCAUGGCAGCCGUUCCAGACAAAAGCUUCGGGAUACAUUCCCGUUAAUGAUACUCCGACAAAAGCCCCUCCCACCUCCUCAGGGUUCUCGCGCGUGGGCGGUGGACGUGCUCAUAUCGAUUCUCCUUAUGCAAUUACUGCUGGCUCUACAAUCAAUGCAGGUUCAACGCAAACAUUCCCGUCUAUCCCCCACCAGGUACCGCAGCCCACGCAGCCCAAUGCAAGUACCGGAUCUCUGAAACGGCCAGAUGACGAUGACGAUACGCCUUCUUUAUCUGCGAACACAGCUGUACGGCAGCAACAAGAGUAUCACGCACGCACCGGGUCUCUACCCCCUGGAGCUAUGCCUCCCUUCCAUGUCCGAACAAAAUCACAAACGGCAAUCAUCGAGCACGCAGGGGGAGUCAAUCAAGCGGGCCCAUCAUACCCUACAGGACCUGCGAUAAGACCAGUCAGAGAUCCCACACCACCACCUACAGCGUUCAAUCUCAGGCACUCAAACCCUGGCCCAGACGACGACUACGGGUCAGAUACCGAUGUACCGAAGAAGAAACCGUGGUAUCACUUGCGGCGGCAUCGACCACAUAGCAGUGAAGGUACCAGUUCUACAGCCAAACCUCCAGAGGAAGAUACUCCGCCAAAUCUCGCACCCGCGUCAACUUCGGCUCCUCAGAGGUCGUUCGUGGUCAUCCGGAAACCACAGCAGUCCCCCGCGAGGUCGCAAAAGUUGUCCACGGGUUCUGAACCCGCAAACCUCCCUCCGUCGGCAGCCGAUGACUCAUCUGUACCAACGCGAAGAUCAUACCCUUCUCGGCCAGGUUCGUCGGGAGCUGGUAAGUAA